CGUUACACUUUCAAAACCUCUCAGUCUCUCAUCAAAAUCCGAGAAAAAACAAAAAGAAAAAGUCUAAAGAAACUCUAAUCUAAAGAUCCGAUCGUCGUCAUCUUCACUUCUCUGGAUCUUCGCCUUUUGUUUUGUCUCUUUUGCUUUAUGUUCUGUUUCUAUAUCUUGCCCUAAAUGAAAGACAGAGGAAAGAGAACAGCAAUGGAGAGAAGAAACGACGACGUCUCGCUUCACUACAGCUCACCGUCGGAGCUCUCUUGUGGGAAACAUCCAUCGGUUUCCACUGUCGGAAUAUGUCCGUACUGUCUGAACGACCGUUUAGUUAACCUCGUAUGCUCAGGAUGCGGCGAACAGAGACUCUCUUCUUGCUCUUGCUCAGAUAUCUCUUCUAACCGAACCUCAAACGCCGCCGUAGACGCCGAGAAAGUCCUCCGGAUCGCUUCUCUCAUCGACGAAGAGGCGACGAAACAGAGGAAGCCGAAGAGAACAGAGGAAGUUGUGGUGUUCAAGAGGAGUAGUAGCAGCUGCGUUGAGAUUAACAAGACGAAGCAUCAUCAUAGAUUCUCGAGACUCGGGAGGUUCUUCAGGAGGAUUAAUCCGAGAAAGGACAGAGCUUUCGAUGAGAAGAACAACAACGACAACGAUUCUUGGGUUUUGAAACAGAGUGUUUCGAGAUCGAGAUCGCUCUGUAGCUUCCGAGGAGGAAACGGGUACCUUAUCGGGUCGGAAGAAGACGUAUCGUCUUACUCCGGCGCGAGGAGCUCGUUCUCCGCCGCGAGAAGCUCCAGCGUCAACGGCGGUUUAGGGGUUUUCGAUGCGACGAUAACAGAGCAUCGGAGGAGUAACUUCGAAGGGAGGAAGAGUAACUUCAGCGAGACGACGGAGCACCGGAGGAGUAAUUUCAGUGAACCGGAGCCGCCUCGGAGGAGCUGUUUCGAGGCGAGGAAGAGUAACUUCAGUGAAACAGAGUAUCCCAGGAAGAGUAACUUCAGCGAAACAGAGUAUAAACAGAGUAUCAAUAAUCAUCCACGUAGGAGCAAUUACGAAGCGCCGCCAAGGAAGAGUGACUCGUCGGCGAUGAGUUUCACGAGAAGGGUUUUGUCGAUGAAAGAGAGUUACUUUACCGGAGGAGAAGAGCCUGGUUUUAUAGAUCUCAAGUUUGAUUCCUCUGGAGGAGGAGAUGUAGUGGUGAACGACGGCGUUUUGGAGCAUGGAGGAGGAGGGUCUUGCCGGUUAACAAAGAAGGAUAGAGAGGUGAGUAAGAGUCGAAGAAGUUUCAAAGGAUGGAAAUGGAUAUUCGGACAUCAUCAUCUUCAUCAUCAUCAAAGAGAUUCAUGAUGAAUUGAUGAUGCUGAUGGAGAUUGAAGGAUCUGAUGAGUCUAGGCAACAUCUGUCUCCAUCUGUCGCCUCCUAUCUUAUUUGAAGAAUGUUUGAGGUGGUUAAAACCCCCUACUACAGACACUAAUAGUCUCCAAUCAUUAAGCUGAUCUUUAAAGCUGUUGUUUAUAUGGUUUGGAAAGAGAGAAAAUGCUCGGUUGCACACCAACUUGUGCAGACCUACUCAAGCCAUUAUAUCAAGUAGAUUGUGCAAUUGCGGUUAGACCCACUAUCUCUGAACAUGAAGCUCGCUAGUAGUUCUUCAUCUACUCUUUUGGGUUCUUGGUUAAGUCUUUUUUUGAGGGCAUUAUUGUUAAGUCCCUGGGUAUAGCCACUCUGGUCGUUUUUUUU